CAGGUCUGGAGUCCGUCUAGACUUCGUGGCUCCGGGGUUUCCCAACCAGAAAUCAUCUCUAAUUUUACAGCGACUUGUCGUAUUGAGCAACUGUGAUCAGUAUGGAGACAGGUCUGCAUGAGAUAGUUGACCGUGUGGGCCUGACCCAACAGCAGGUGGAGGAACUAUUUGAUGAUGACCUAGAUGAACUGUUUGAGCUGGCCGACUCACCAGAUGAAGGGCCUGGUAACAAUUUUUUUCUUGAACAUUCUGCAGCUAAAAGUUGUCAGAUGACAUCAUCAGCCCCAUCCUACCAGCAACUCAUGGAGUCUCUUCAAAAUGUCCAGCACCUGUUGCACCUGCCCAACCCUGUGCAACCCUUGGUUGCCCUGCACCCCUCCAGCAGCCACACCUGCACCAGCCCGGCUAGCUCAGCUACAGGAUCAGAUGGGGACUGUAAUUCACCUCUGCAACAUGAUACAACAUUGGGCAGUGGGAUGGGCAGAUCCAACAUUGCCAUGGGAACCACUUCUCCUAGACCAAGUGGAGAGACUCCCUACGGAUGCGGGAUCACCCCCCAAUCUGGAAUGGAACAUCUGUGCCUGGCAAGUCCAACCUACCUAAACCAGUCAGACAGGGCAGGGCCACUCCAUAGCAACACCCCGCCCCAGCCUGGGAGGCACAGGCAUUUCCAUGGCAACACCCCGCCCCAAUCCGACAUGGAGCUACUUUUCCAUGCCAACACCCCUCCCAACUCGGGGCGAGAAAGGCAUUUCCAUGGCAACGUAGCGUCCCCGCCCAACAUGGAGCUGCUUUUCCAUGGCAACACUCCUCCCCAUUCUGGCAGGGAGAAACAUUUCCACGGCAACACCACACCCCUUUCUGGCAGGGAGAGACAUUUCUAUGGCAACGCCACGCCCCAAUCUAACAUGGAGUUGCUUUUCCAUGGCAACACCCCUCCACACUCUGGCAGAGGAAGAUAUCUCCAUGGUAACACCACGCCCUUGUCUGGUAGGGAGAGGCUGUUCUAUAGUAACAACACCCUCCCUCCUGCUCUGCUGCAGUACCAAAGCAGCACCACUCCUGAGAAAGAAAGGCUGUACCGCAGACACAGUGCCCUUAGGAAGGACUUUAUGCGGAAACAGCUGAUACGCAGUGCCUUGGAGGACUUGAAGCAGAUGUUACCAACCGAUCAGUGCCUCGGACGUCAGACCAAGGCUGGAGUGAUCAACAACGCAGCUGACUACAUUGACUGGCUUCAGAAGGAGAUCCAGAGACUGAUCACAGCUCGGAGGGCCUCUUCCUGCAGCAGUACACCCUCCUCCUCCCCCACAAAAUCUCCUCCCUACCCCCUGGGGGCUUACUACAGUCCCCACGGGGCUCCCCCUUACCCAGGGGAGACCUCCCCAUGCCACAGUGGACUGCUACCGUCCAGUGCUGCAGGGAUUGACAGUGGUUGUCAAUCCCAGGACCAUGGAGCACAGCACCUGGUCCAGGGAGCAUCUCUGAAUGAACAAGAAUCUGCAAGCAAUGCAAAUGAUGGUACCAUUUAAUACAUUACAUUUCCAGAUAACAUGUUCCACUUUAUUUCUGCAAUGCAUUAUUUGUGAAUUGCUAUUCAAAAGUCAUUGACACCAAUAUAAUGAGUUGAUAUGCUGACCUUCUAAUACACUGUAAAAUGUAUUUAAGUUCGCGGGGAUUGAAUUUCCAGUUAGCA